AUGAUGAUUCAUUCAGGUGGUGGGUACUGGGAUUGCCAAAACAAACCUAAGACAAGUCAUCAAGGUUGUCUGCCAAAUCAUUCUUCUUCAUCACCGACUGCCACCAUUCACAGAAGUGGGAGGGAUCGCCAAAACAAACCUAAGACGAAUCGUCAAGGUUGUCUGCGGAAUCAUAGGGAUUGUAGGUCGUCUCAUCAUUCUUCUUCAUCACCGACUGCCACCAUUGUUGCUGCUCACCAGUCUUCUCAUCAUUCUUCUUCAUCACCCACUACCACCAUUGUUGCUGCUCACCGGUCUUCUCAUCAUUCUUCUUCAUCACCGACUGCCACCAUUGUUGCUGCUCACCGGUCUUCUCAUCAUUCUUCUUUAUCACCCACUGCCACCAUUGUUGCUGCUCACCGGUCUUCUCAUCAUUCUUCUUCAUCACCGACUGCCACCAUUGUUGCUGCUCAUCAGCUUUCUCCAACAAAGGAACUACGUGCUGCGAUGAUGAGGAAAUGA